GGGCUGAGGGCCACGGGGCGGUGCCUGGUGUGAGGAAUGGGGCUGCCUGCCGCAUAGGGGCCAUGCCGCCUGGGUUCCGGGCCUGCCCCGUUCCGCGCCCCGGCCGCCGCGCCCCGCAUCCGCACUGGCAUGGUGAACCUGGCGGCCAUGGUGUGGUGCCGGCUCCUGCGGAAGCGGUGGUUGCUUGCCCUGGUCUUCGGGCUCUCGCUCGUCUACUUCCUCACCAGCACCUUCAAGCAGGAGGAGAGGGCAGAUACGUUUGUGAAAGGAAGGACUUGCUGGGGAAUGGCUGCUGUAAUGUCAAUGUCCCGUGCACCAAGCAGUACUGCUGUGAUGGCUGCUUGACCAAUGGCUGCUGCAGCGCUUACGAGCACUGCGUUUCCUGCUGUCUGCAGCCCAACAAGCAACUUCUCCUGGAGCGCUUCCUCAACCGGGCAGCUGUGGCCUUCCAGAACCUCUUCAUGGCAGUGGAGGAUCACUUUGAAUUGUGUUUGGCUAAAUGCAGGACCUCAUCCCAGAGUGUGCAGCACAAGAACACCUAUAGGGAUCCCAUAGCAAAGUAUUGCUAUGGAGAGAGCCCUCCCGAGCUCUUCCCAGCGUGAUGGGCACAGUGAUGGGCACAGAAGACUUUCCAAGCGCAUGCGGCUAAAGCACUUAGUCUGAAGCUAGGCUCAGCGGUCACUAGUCCCUUGGAAGAAGAGAGUUGUCGUGCGGAAACCUUGGCUUUGACCACUUCUUGGGUUGUACUCUUUGGGCUGCACUCCCCACCAGGCUUCACCAGAUGGGACUGAUAUAUAAAGCAGCUUGGAAACACCAGCGGGUCACAUUUGAAAAAGACCAAACUGCAGGCGACCUUGUGGAGGGAUUGGUGCUGUGGGCACCUCCACCAUUGCAGCUGCUUGGGGUCCCAGGGUCACUCACAGGGUUCAUCGGGGCCCUUCACUGUACAGUUAUUUAUUGGAUUUCUUUGUAGUAUUGGGAAAAUUAUAAUGUUUUAUAUUGAAGAAUGCCUUGCCUUGAUAGUUGAAUAUAUUCAAGGAAACUGU